CGUGCCAAUCUGUGUAUGCAUCUCUAUAGAGAACUGGCUGGGAUUGAACCAGAUGAAAAUAAACGUUACGUUUACUUAACACUAUGCUACGAACUCCUUGACGCUGGAGAACCUGAUAAUAUGACCGAAGAGGAAACCAUUGAAUAUCGUCUAAAAGUGAUUGACAGCCUUAACAAUCAGGUGAAUAAAUUACUAAAGCAUCUAAAUGAAGUAGACAAAGUUAAGGAUGAAAGUAAAAAACAUGUAGGUGUUUCCAAAAGGUCAAAACCAGUUCCAGUGUUUGAACCACCAAUCUGAAUCUUUGGCUAACAAUAAUAUACUCAAUCAUAGAAAAAUCAUAGAUAACAAGAAAAUAGCCCAUGAUGGCGAAACUAAAUGGUUUGGUUGUUCCAGACUAAGUAAGGAAAACAUAUUGAAAUCAAUCGAUUCAAGUCCAAUUCGUACAACUAUUGAAAGUCAAUCUAUUCCAACUACAUCAAACUUACCUUCGUCCACAAGAAAAACAAGAAUCAUAGAUAACUACAAAAUAUUAACCAUGAUUGCGAAACUAAAUUGUUUGGUUGUUCCAGACUAAGUAAGGAAAAAAUAUUGAAACAACCGAUCCAAGUCCAAUUCGUACAAUUAUUGAAAAUCAAUCUAUUCCAACUACAUUAAACUUGCCUUCGUCCAAAAAAAUUAA